GCCCACCCACUAGGUACCUUAGCUAACCCACCAACCAACCGUGCCGACUACAUACAUACAGACAGACAUACGCGUGGGUGAUUGCCAGUCAUCCUGUCGACCACUUCACGCUGUAUUUUGUCUGCCAUGCCCGCGCUGGUGCCGUCUACGUUUUCACUCCCGCUGAGAACGCAAGCACGACUCGUCCUUCAUUAUUCUCAACUGGUGACGAGGUUUCGCUUUAGCACGACGAUUAUGACGCCGCUCCAGUCUUCGUCGUCGUCGUCUCCGCCGUCGACGUCGCAGCGACCACGCAGGUUCGCGCCGCUGGAUCCGGAGAGUGUCGCGGGGAAGGAGUGGCCGCGGUUGAGGGGCGUCGUGUUUGAUGUUGAUGGGACGCUGUGCGAGCCUCAAAACUACAUGUUCGCAGAGAUGAGAACGGCUCUAUCCAUUCCUCCAAAAGCCGACAUCCUAACCCACAUCGCCAAGCUGCCACCCUCCAACCGCGCCGACGCCGAGAACACGGUCCGCGCCAUCGAAGCCCGCGCCAUGGCGUCGCAAAAGCCAUCCCCGGGCCUCGCCGCCCUGAUGCAAUACCUGACCACGCGCGCCGUCCCCAAAGCCAUCUGCACACGCAACCACGCCGCGCCCGUCGCACAUCUGCUUUCAACCUUCCUCCCACCAAGCGAGCGCUUCGCGCCCAUCAUGACGCGCGACGACUUCGUGGGGCCGCAGAAGCCGGACCCAGCGGGAAUUCUGCACGCGGCCGAGGUAUGGGGGCUGCGGGGCGAGGAGGGCGGCGCGAGCGGGCUGAUCAUGGUGGGUGACGGGCUGGACGACAUGACGGCGGGGUUUCGGGCGGGCGCGGCGACGGUGCUGCUCGUCAAUGAGUUUAAUGCUCAUUUGGCGGGCCAUCAGCAUACGGAUUUGGUGGUUAGGAGGCUGGAUGAGUUGGUCGAGGUGCUGGAGAGGGGGUUUGUUGGGCAGGUGGCGCGGGAUGAUGAGAGUCCGGACACUAAGGCGCAGGCGGAGGAGGCGCUUGAGAGGGUUUGAGAAAGGAGAGUUGGUGGAGGCGCUAGACAGUUUGUCUGCUCUUUGUAGCUGGUUUGCUCGCCCCUUCGCUACCUUUUAAUCUGGUUGUGCAUAUCUACCGAGUACUCCUUCGGUAAUUAUAAGUAACUUUAGCUUUAUACUUGGAUGAUGCUAUGUGGUCACGGUCAGUGUAGGUCAAUUAUUGAGAGAGCG